GGAACCUUAGAGCAUGAAGGAAGGUUUGACCACAAACCUUUGAUCCACCAUCGUCUACGAACUACGAAGUGUGUUUUCUGGCGUCUACGCCGUCUUCCCCACCAAAAGACCACAAAAAAUUCUUCUAGGAUCCUCCAUUAAUGAACUCAAAGCUCGAAAACCUUUGGGAAGAAGUGAGGGAAUUAAGCUUAGGAACCACUCCCCAGAUCGAUCGCCUCCAUACCCCACCAACCCCACUCCAAUUCCUCCGCCAUUACCUGUCUCAAAACAAACCCUUCAUUCUCUCUGCCUCCGCCGCCACCACCCUCCAAUGGCCCGCCACCACUCUCUGGACCUCAACAUCCUACCUCCUCAACACUCUCUCUUCUUCCACCGUCUCCCUCCACCUAACCCCCACCGGCCAAGCCGACUCCCUCACCCCACACCCCUCUAAUCCUGACUCUCUCUGCUUUGCCUCCGCCCACGUCCAAAGCACAUCAUUCUCCGACGCCAUCGAUGCCAUCAAAGCUUCACGUAAGAACGAUUCAAGUAAAGGAUUCGUUGCGUAUGCGCAGCAGCAGAACGAUUGUUUUAGGGAGGAGUAUGGUGCGUUGGCUAGAGACUGUGAUUCACAUAUUCCAUGGGCGACUGAAGCAAUAGGAGGAUUGCCGGAGGCUGUUAAUUUGUGGAUUGGGAAUGAUUUGUCUGAAACUUCGUUUCAUAAGGAUCAUUAUGAGAAUCUGUAUGCUGUUGUAACCGGAGAGAAGCACUUUCUGCUUCUUCCACCUACUGAUGUUCAUAGAAUGUAUAUUCGUGAAUACCCUGCUGCUCAAUACACAUACUCUGAGGAAAGUGAGGAAUUUGAAUUGAAAUUGGAGAAUCCAGAGAGAUAUGUCCCUUGGUGUAGUGUAAAUCCUUACCCAUUGCCCAAAGACAAGGAAAAAGAAAUUUCUAAAUUUCCAUUUUACUAUAAUGGACCCAAACCAUUUGAAGUCACUCUUAAGGCGGGUGAAAUACUUUACUUGCCGAGUAUGUGGUUUCAUCAUGUUAGACAGACACCUGAUAAUCGAGGACUCACCAUUGCAGUAAAUUAUUGGUAUGAUAUGCAGUUUGAUAUAAAAUACGCCUACUUCAACUUCUUGCAAUCACUUUCGUUUUGUAAACCACGUUUAAAUGAUGGUGAUUCUUUCAUAAAUGAAAACUUAUCCAAUGGUGACAAAAACCAUAAGGAGGAGUGAACUUCUUUGUUAAAAGUGUUAUUUAUCACUUGUGUUUAUAUAUUAUUCUUAGGUUGACUUGA